AUGUCUCAACAUAAAAAAUCAAUAACCAGAGAAAAUUUACCACCACCUUUGUCAACUUUAAAUUUAAACAGAGCCAAAGAUGUCAGUAGUGAUAAUAAAAGUAACAACAACAGCAACAAUAUUAAAGAAACCGAUAAUUAUAGUCAAGUCUCAAUACCGUCUGACUCCGCUAUUCCUACAUCUGGAUUCUUUAACGAUCUUUUGUAUAUUCCUCCGUCUGAACCACCGUCUCCAAGUAUUAAUAAUUCUUUUCGAAAUUAUACGUAUACUGGUGCUCCACAUUCGCAAAACUCUAUUAAACGAUCGCAGAAAGGAAAGGUGACAAAUGGAUCCUCACAAAGUGAAUCUGCCAAUACUCGAUCGAAUUUAAGAGAUGAUUCUAAUACAAGCACACAAAUAGCUGAAAAACUUGAACCAAUCGGACAACAACAGACUCAAAAUGACGAAGUUUCGGAUGAUAUUUAUGAUAUUUAUGAUCGAAUUCGCAUUAAAGAAGAUCGAGUUCGAUCGCCGAAUCAGCGUAAAUUUUAUUAUUUCUUUGAACAUCCGAGUUCUAUAUAUGCGAGAAUAUUUGCAGUAUUUUCGGCCUUAUGCGUUUUUGUGAUGAUGAUCAUUAUUUGUGUGGAAUCUUUGCCGGCUAUCUAUAAAAAUGAAUGGCGAUAUUAUCGUGAAAUAUGGCUUCCAGUUGAUAUUGUCGUUGUAAUUGUGUUCACUACUGAAUUUGCUGGAAGAUUGUAUGCUUCUGUUGAUAGGAUUGCAUUCAUGAAACAACUAUGGAAUAUCAUCGAUGUUGCUACAAUUGUUCCCUUCUAUACUGAACUGUUUCUUCCGCUUACUUCUGAGAUUACCAUGCGAGUUUUCAAACGAUCCGCAAGUCAAAUCGCAUUAGUAUCAACAUGGGUUUUUGUGAUAAUUCUUACUUCGUCAGCACUUUUAUAUUAUUUGGAGCGGGGUGAUUUCAAUGAUGAUGACAAUACAUGGUACAGAAUCGGACUUAGCGGGCAAUUAGAAGUGAGUCCCUAUCAAUCAAUAAUCCACAGUUUCUGGUGGUCAAUCGUUACCAUCACGACAACCGGUUACGGUGACGCAGUUCCAUUAACAGGCUGGGGAAAAGUCGUGUCGGGAAUGACGAUGUUAUGUGGUAUUUUGGUGAUUGCUGUUCCGACAUCAAUUAUCGGCUCAAAUUUUGUAACUGAGUGGGCGUUGCAUCGACGUGUUCAAUUCCAGAUGAGACUUCGCCGAACUAGAGAAAACGCUUUUGCUGCGAAAAAAUUUCACGAAAAUAAAAAUGAGCGGAUGGAGACGCUUCAGAACCAAAAUCAGACAAUGUUAGAAGCACUCGCUGAAAUCCAAGAACGACUUGCUGAUAUCAAUCCACCUCAAUACUGGCAAAAAUACAAAAAGCUCCAAAUCGAGCAUGAAAAAGCCAAAUUACGAAUAGCCGAGCUCGAGGAGAAAGUAGUUAUGUUGAAGCGUACUGCCAAGAAUCUUGAGAAUUUCAAUAACUUUGGCCGAACACCCAAGGCAAAGAAAGGCAACUUUGAGACUAUACAUAAAGACAGUUACUUUCGCGGAACAGAAGAAACAAACGAGGAGUAUAACAAUUCGACUCAGAAUUCCUAUAAAAAAUGGACUAAUUUUAAGCUGCUGAAAUUUAAAAAAUAUCCGACGACCAGUGAAAUUGCUUCCACAAAAUCCGUUAGUGAUAGUGAGAUAGAUAUUGAUAAAAAUACUGGAAUUAGUUUGACGAAAACACCUUUGAAAGUAGUGAAGAAACUUCGUCAGACAUUUUUACAGGAAAGAAAAGUCGGUAAUUCUUUGCAACAAACACCGCAUAUUUCUGAUAAAGAAUGGAUAGUAAGUUCUCCUAUUGAAGCUUUUCAGAAUACAAAUCCAUUAGCGCAAGAUGAUAACGUUUCAGACUUGGUACAAAAUGACAGCGAAUCAACAAACAUACAAACGCAAUCGGAGCCUCCAUCCGACAACGAAGACAAUCAGCAAAGUGUCAUGACAUUCCCUGGAACUGCCAAAGAAUUAAAACUUGCAACGUUAGCUGCCGGAAAAGUUCCAGUCCGUCGACGAAAAUCGGUGCGCAGACAAUUGCAUAACUUGACAGGUAUGUUCGAAAAGGAAUCCAAAAAUAAAAACGAUUUAGAUCCUGGUGAUCAAGAUUUGGAAAAGGGUUUAGGAGGAAUUCGUGCACCUAUUGCAUCUUGGUCUUUGCCAAUAUCAAUUACGCCAACAAGACUUUCACCGUCACGAUUAACACCUAAAGCUCAGGUGAAUGACGAUAAUAAUAAAUUUUUCAACGAAAAUAACAUCGAAAUCUUUGUGGAGAGAACAUCUCCAGGAGAAAAAACUGAGAAAAUUCAAAAUGACUCGGAGUUUGUUGUCGAUUUAGCAGAUUCAAAAUUACCUCUGUAUUUAGAGCCAGAGCUGCCAUACUAUACUCAAAAUGUACAGCAAAUUUCUUUUACUGCUCCAAUUCCAACUCCGACCGAUUCGAGUUUACCAAAUAGUGCUAUUCAUGAAACACCAAAUGAUUUAACAUUGGAUGAUUUAGAGAACACGCAAAUUCUAUCAGAAGAAAAUUCACAAAAAGAAAGUGAAAGUUCAAAUCGAAAUUCAAAAAAUUUGACGUUUGCAGAACCAAUUAUAAGAAAUGAAAGUCCAAUGAGAAAAGAGUAA